AUGCUUUUGAGGGCGCUACCAAACAAAUCAAUCCUGAGACAUUAUGCCACCAAAUUGGAUGUUUUAGGGGUAUUGAGAGAAAGGGGACUGAUUGCUCAGGUGUCAGAACCUAGAAGUCUACUUGAACGGAAACUAGAACGUGGGGAAAAGAUUAAGCUAUAUUGCGGAGCAGAUCCGACCGCCAAAUCACUUCACUUGGGGAAUCUUUUACCGCUCAUGGUACUUUUACACUUUUACGUUUGUGGUCAUGAUAUUGUAACACUUGUUGGUGGUGCUACUGGAAUGGUGGGUGAUCCUAGUGGUCGUAAAACCGAGCGUGACGCUCUUUUAGAUGCCACUCGUCUCGACAAUAUUUCGAGAAUUAACAAGCAGUUUUCCAAUUUCUUUCGAAACGCAGUCAAUUCUUACAAACAAAAGUUCCCAGAUUCUGAAGUUAACAAUGGUUCAUGUGCUCAUGUGAACAAUUAUGAUUGGUGGCAGAACGUUAAAAUGUUGGAUUUCUUGGCAAACUAUGGAAAGCACAUUCGUAUCCAGUCGAUGUUAGUGCGCGAUUCAAUCUCUUCACGGCUUGAAGCUAGAGAUGGCCUUGGUUUUAAUGAGUUCACUUAUCAAAUAUUGCAGGCUUACGAUUUUUACCACUUGUACGAAAACGAAGAUGUCACUGUUCAAAUUGGAGGAAAUGAUCAAUGGGGCAACAUAACAGCUGGUAUUGACUUGAUUGGAAGAAUUGCUACAAACACAAAAAAUCCCCCAUUUGGUAUUACUGUGCCACUUUUAACUACUUCAACGGGCGAAAAAUUUGGAAAAAGUGCCGGAAACGCUGUCUUUAUUGACCCCGAAAUCAAUACACCUUAUGACAUGUAUCAAUUCUUUGUCAACACUACUGAUGCGGAUGUGGGUAGAUUUAUGAAGAUUUUUACGUUUAUACCUCUUGAUGAAAUUGAACAUGCGGUAAGCAGCCAUCUCCAGUGUCCACAUUUGCGUCAAGGCCAAAGACUCCUUGCUCGUGAAGUCGUCAACCUCGUUCAUGGUCCUGGCAAAGGUGAUGAUGCAGAAAUGGUUUCUGAUGUUUUAUUUGGCAGGAAUUGCAGCGGUAUCACAGGAGAUGAGCUGGUCAGAGUUUUUCGAGAAGCAGGAGUUUUAUUAGAAUGCUCUAGACAUUCCACACUCACAGAAAUCUUGAUUGAAUUGGCCCAGUGUUCAAAAUCAGAAGCGAAAAGACGUAUCAAGCAAGGCAGCAUUUAUUUGGGCCCAGAAAGGACAAAGGUCGUCGACGAAGUUAGUUCUUUAGACCCUUAUGUCAUUGAUGGAAAAGUCCUCAUAUUGAGAUUCGGUAAACAAAAGUGCUUUGUUUUGAAACUAUGCUGA